AUGUCUUGGAAUUCAAAAAGUGAUGAAAUACUUAUCGAACUAACUCGGCAUAAAAUAGAUAUAUGCGCGAUUUCCGAAACCAAAAAGAAAGGGAAAGGUUUAGGUAGAUAUGGCGACUACAUUCUGUUGUAUAGUGGUAAAGAUAAAAAUGACAGAGCAAAAUCAGGCGUUGGAAUCCUAACUCACAAAAAAUUUGAGAACAGCAUCAGUGACGUUAAAUACGUAAAUGAUAGACUGCUGAUGGUAACCCUAAAUUAUGGUAAAUCAAUUUUACAUCUGAUAAGUACCUAUGCACCCGAUAUAAACAAACCGGCACAGGAGAUCGACGAUUUCUAUUGCAAAAUGCAAAACUUAGUUGGCUUCAUAAGGGCGGAUGAGAAGUUGAUAUUACUAGGCGAUUUCAACGCAAGAAUCGGUGAUGACGUUAUCAGCGGCAUAAAACAACGAUUCAAUGAGAAUGUGAUCAAUGAAAAUGGCGAAAAGCUAAUAGAAUUUUGCUCUCAAAAUCUACUACGAAUCAACAACACAUUCUUCAAUCAUAAAUUGCAACACAAAUAUACAUGGUCAAACACUCGUGGUCAACAGUCAAUGAUAGAUUUUAUAAUUACGAAUCGAGAAUGCAUACCAACACAAAUACUCGACGUUCGGACAUUAACAUCACCAAACAUUGGGUCUGAUCAUGGGCUAGUGCUAAUGAAAUUCUCAGAAAAACUACCUUGGCAAAAAUCAAAACCGCCAGAAUAUAAAGAGAAGCUCAACAUCGAGUCACUGAUAAACGAUAGCACGAAAACCUUGUAUGAAAAUCGAUUGAAUAAUAAAAUAGCUGCGAAUCCGAUAGCGGAAUUCGAUAAUAGUGAACAAGCUUGGAAAAAACUAUCAGCAAAUAUUACCAAUGCAGCGAAAGAGGCACUUGGAACCAGGAAAGUUAAUAUCCAUGCAAAAAAUAACAAAACUCCAUGGUUCACAAUCGAAGUGAAAACAAUUUGUGCAGAAAAAAGAAAAACCUACCUAAAAUACAGGAGCGAGAGAUCCAGGGAAACAUAUCGAGCGUACAUAGCAAUAAGAAACAGAACUAACCAGAGAGUAAAGAAGAUAAAAGAAGAGUACUGGGCAAAAUUCUCUGCAGAUAUGGAAUAUGACAUGUACGGAGCCCAGAAAAAAGUCUGGAACAUGCUCCGAAAUCGUAAAAAACCCAUAGUAGAACUUUUCGAAACAACAAAAAUAAGCACAGAAGAAUGGAUUCGUCAUUUUAACGAUCUUUACAACAACACAGAUGCAGCACAUAAUUUUGAAAACCUUACAGCUGAAGAUAGUUACACAAUAGAAGAAGAAAUAGUCGGUAGCCAAGUUCCAGCAGAUUGGAAAAGCAGCAUUACUAUUCCAAUAUUUAAAAAAGGAGAUAAAGCCAAUCCUAAAAAUUAUCGCGGAAUUUGUCUGCUGAGCGCAGUUUUAAAGCUCUUCACCAAAAUUAUUGCGCAAGAAAUUGUAUCAAAAGCCAAUAUCAGCGAACCACAACAAGGGUUCCGUCAAAAUCGAUCAACAACUGACGCUAUAUUCAUAUUAAAACAAAUUAUUGAAAAAUCAAUAGAGUAUAACACCCCGGCAUUCUUGUGUUUCGUAGACCUGACAAAAGCUUUCGAUAAGGUAAAGUUAAAUGAUGCUCUAAAUAUAAUGCGCGACAAGGGAAUACAUCCUCAAAUUGUUAAUAUUAUAAACGACUUGAAUUAUAACAACACAACAAAGUUAAGGUUAAACAAGAAACUAACGGAGGAACUACCUACUCAAGAUGGAAUACGGCAGGGAGAUAGUAUAAGCCCUACGCUUUUCAACUUGAUAAUGGACCAAAUAAUUGAAAAAACAGAGGAGCUUGAUAUUGGCUACAGAAUGGGGGUUCACAAGUUGAAAAUACUAUGCUACGCAGAUGAUGCCGUAUUAAUCGCCGAAAACGAGGACGACCUGCAGAGAUUGUUAUAUAGGUUUACAAACGCAGCAGAAACAUAUAAUAUGCAAAUAUCUACCGACAAAACAAAAUCUAUGGUCAUAAGUAAAAUUAAUAUUCAAAAUGUUACUGCUGACGAUAAUACUAAGUUACUGCCAGGGACAUCAGACAGUAGAACAGAUUAA